AUGGCGUCGAGGGCAAGCGGUCAGCCAGAGGUUAGCGGCUGUGUCGUCGAGGGCGAGAGGAGGUGGCCUCGAGCAGGGAUCAGCGAGCGGUGGUGUCGAGGGCGAGCGACGGUGCCGUCGAGGGCAAACGGUGAGCCAGAGGUCAGCCGCGGUGCUGUCGAGGGCGAGCGAAGGUGGCCUCGACCCUCGAGCAGAGAUCAACCGCAGUGGCGUCGAGGGAGACCGGCGGUGGCGUCGAGACUCGAGGGCGGACGGCGGUGGCGUCGAGCCGCGAGAUGGAGAACGGACGGGCAAAGAGGUCGGCCGCGGUCUUUGUCGAGGGCGAGCGAAGGUGGCCUCGAGUCCUCGACCCUCGAGCGAGAUCAGAUCGGCAAUGGCUUCGAGGGAGACCGGCGGUGGCGUCGAGACUCGAGGGCGACCGGCGGUGGCGUCGAGCGAGAUGGAGAACGGACGGGCGAAGAGGUCACCGCGGUGCUGUCAAGGCGAGCGAAGGUGGCCUCGAGUCCUCGACCCUCGAGCGCAGAUCAGCGGGCCAGCGGCGCGUGGCGUCUGGGAGACCGCGAUGGCGUCAAGACUCGAGGGCGACCGGCGAUGGCGUCAAGACUCGAGGCGACCGGCGGUGGCGUCGAGCGAGAGAUGGAGAACGGACGGGCGAAGAGAGAACCGCCUCCAUCUUCGAUCGCGACACAGCAGCAACCCCCUGCUCCGUCGCGCCUCAGUCUCCGCUUCGCCUGCGAGCCCGCUGCUGUUGCCGAUCCGCUCCACCAGCCCCGCGAAGCUGCUGUCCCGAUCUGCUACAACCCUGCCGUGACAGUAGCACCACCGCCGAAGCCACAGCCAGCCACCGCUCCUUCGCCGCCCGCCGCUGAUCCGCCCGCAACGGUGCUGCUGCCCCUUGCUCUAUUGCGGUCUGCCCAGCCCGGCGCCCGCCGUGCCCCGCCGACGUUUCCUCCUGCUCACUCGUUGCUGCCCGAGCCGCCGGCUGCCGAAGCCCUUGCACGCCGCUCUGAGCCCUCUCCGAGCGACGCCGCUACAUCAUCCGUGACUCCGGUCGCCCUUGCUGCCGAGUCCAACGACCACGCCAGCAGCACCACAAAUUGCUGA